ACCCCUUUUUCCCGAAACUCAACAAUAUGGAGCAGGAAAAGCGGAAGUGCAGCUCUGCUGGAUUCGUUUGUUUGUUUGAAAUCACGUCCAUGCAGCGAAAUGCUGUUAAUUCUGUGUGAUGUGAAUGUUUAUGGCGCUUUAUGAUUUUGUCCCGGAUGUUAAAUGCGUUGGGCUCGCGCGACCUUCUCUUUCUGCUUCCUGCUGCUCGCGAGCCGCCGCCGCCACAAUGCGCGCGUGCUGACUCUGAAACCGGAAGGAAACGGCACAGUCCCGGGACCGGAUGAGCGCAGCACCAGUGGUCAGUGCUUCGGUGGAUUGGACCAGAGGAAUCAAUGUGAGCAUUUGGACCUGAAUGCAGGAAGCACUUUCCUCUUUAGUCAGUGGAAUGAGGAACUCACUCUCUGCUCAGCAGCCCCCAGGGGCCCCUGGGGACAAAGCCUGUAUGGUCUGGUUGAUCAGCUGAGAGAGACAGCGCUUUGGCGAAACCAUCCAAGAGGGCCACGGCACACACUGCCUCAAAUGGGGUCUGUCGUAAAGUCAUCAGAAUUUGGGGUCCACUUCCAGAAAUGUGCUCAGGUGGUAACAGGAAGUGAGUUUCCCCAGGUAAGCGUCGACCUGGUGGUUAAAAACCUUGAGCGCGGAACAGACCUAUCACAACUCAGUAUACGUGACACCAUCUCUGACAUCAUCAGCCUGCAGACCAAUGGGAAAGUGCAGGACAAAGAGUACCAAACGUUCAGCCUGGACACACUGCUUGCUGGCUCCAGUUAUGCUGUAUCAUACACAGCGAGCGUGAAAGGUCGCACCAGUGAAGAUCUGUUUCUCCCAGCCUUCCUCACCUUCUCCAGUAUAUCUCAGAAUGAUAUCAAUUUAUUUGGGCCUGUGAUGGCGAAUUUCACUCUGAGGAUAAAUACGACUGAAAAGGCGUGCGUGAAUCAUGCCUUACACUUUGCAGGAUUCUGUUUGGCUUUUCUGAUCUCCACACUGCUGCUGUCUUUAACACUCCUCACCGCCAGCUGCUUCUACAAGAAGUGCUUCAUGCGCACACCUCGGUAUAGGGAGAGGCGGAGCUUUAGCGUACAGGCGGAGCCAGAGGAGGCGCUUUGUAACUCCAGUGACACAGCCAGUGAGGAUGCUACAUUUGAGGAUCGAAUCAUCGACAUCAUGGCACUGGAGAAUCCACAGGACAUGUCACGUGCCCUGGACAAUUUAGAGAUGUCCUCUCUGUUGCGGGAUGCCAUGAUGGUAGAGUGUGUGCGUGUCCAGAUGCUGAAAGGUGUGUUCAGGGUACUAACAGCCAGAGUAAGCACUUCCGGGAAUGACGUAAGCAUGGUGGACCUGCUCAGUCACGUGACCGACAUGCAGGAGGAUCAGAAGUCGCAACUCAACACACACUCUACCAUGGAAGAUCACACAGAGCGACAGAACGUGGAGCAGCGUCGUUUGGAGGCGUUACGCAGGAGAGAAGAACUCCACGACAUCAUCAGUGAGGAAAUCGAGGAGGUAGCCAUGACAGGAGGAACACACGUGGCCAAUCAGCUCCUGCACAGAUACUAUACCUGUCAGGAUCAGUUGGAAUCGGUGCUUGAUCUGUUCAUAGCCAAUCAGAGAGCAGCGCUGAGCGAGCAACAGGCACAGCGGCGCUUUCUGUUGCAGGGUUUGCAAGAUCUCCAGCGUUCAAUGUGUGACAUGUUCGGUACUUUCUCUCGACACAUCGACAGCUGGUUCACUCGCAUCCGCAGUGAGGGUGUUCUGUCUGAUCAGCACUGUGUGCAGCAGUUGGAGCGUGCUCAGUCGGAGCUUCAGCGUGUCCAGAAAGUUUUUGAGGAAACACUGGGUCGGGAGCGCAGCUCAGCUCAUUGUGACGUCAUCAAAACGAGACGAGCACGCAUCGCUGAGACGCUAUGUGAGCAGAAGCGUGAGCAGCAGGAUUUGGUGUGUGGGAGUGUGUGUGACGGGCCGCUGGAGGACUACCUGAUGCGCUGGCAGACGCUCCUCUGCGCUCACAACACACACCUCUCAGAACUUAUUACACAUCUGGACCAGGAAGCAGCAGCGCACAUACGGCGGGUGCUGGUGUGUGUGUUGCGAGAUGCUGUAGCCGACUUGAAGCAGGUGGAGUGUGAGACAGGUGAGUCGCUGCAGGAGGCGGGCGUCCCACGUUGGCUCCUCCUCCAGAUGAGGGCAGGCUCGGUGGUAGGCGGAUGCCUGGCCGACACUGAGGCGGAGCUUGGCGUUCGGAAGAGGGAGGCGGCUAGAACACUGCGACUGACACGCAGCAGAAUUCAGCAAAUCCGAGAGCAGGAGCUGCAGCAGCAGAGAGAAAGGAGAGCGAGAAUGCACACAUACUGCAGGAGUGUGUGGGAGAGUCAGUGCUCUCUGUCGGAGAGCGAUCUGCUGUGUAUGCAGUUGGAGUAUGUGAAGAGUGUGUGUCAUCUGGAUCGCUGCCUGGUGCUGCCACACUUACUAUCACAAGAGAAAGGACACAACGCUGCGCCCAAUCAGAGCACAAAACACACUGCUGACCACGCCUCUGGUGACCCCUGCCCCAACUUCACACAUGUCCAGGCGUGUGUGUGCAAGGACGAAGCGUGUGCGUGCGAGGAUGAGAUGAGGACAUGCGAGGAGAGAGUGAUGAUGCAGGUCGUGGCUGUGCAGUGGGACAAAGUGGAGAAGAAGAACCGAGUUCUGGAAACGCACUCCGCUUUGCUGACGCUCCAGACGCUGCUGAUGCAGACACUUUCACGUGCACCGAUAGGGGAAGAUCUCUCACACGCCAUACACACACACAGCCUGGCAUUAGAAGAGGCGGAGCUACUGUUGCAGAAGGAGGAGUCUGAGUGGGAGCGCUCCAUGGAUGGGCUUGGUCAUAAUAAGGUCUUGACAUCCGAGGAGGAAGAAUUGUUCCGAGUAAACACGGAGUGCACAAUCACCGAGUGCCUGCAGGAGGCACUUUAUAAGAGACAGCAGCUCACACACACCCUUACUGAGAGGUUGAGGAUGGAGAUCAGAAGGCAGCAGGUGAUGGAGGAUCUGAGGGAACAGCAGGAGCUGAAGAGGCUUUACACACAUUUUGACCAGGAUCUCCUCCUCGUUGCCUUGCUUGUCAAACUCAGUGGUGUUUCAGAACCAGUUCUCCAGCAGCUCCUGUGCCUCCUGCUGCCAACACAGCCUGAAGGAGAACUACAGUCGCUCAUACACACACUUGCACCGAAAGAAGGGCGGAUAUUAGGACCCUGCUGCCAUCUUGUGGACAGACUGAGGAAUGAUGUCAUCAGCAAACACACCUCACCUGGCUCUCACACACACACUGACAGAAUGCUGAAGAAGAAGCAGAAGCUUGCCGAAAAGCUCUUCUCCAGACCCCAGACACACAAUUUAGGAUGCAACCCAAUGCCAGAAAGCAGCCAGCCAAUCACUGAGCCAACGACCCAAAAGGAAGAAGCUUGUACAGUGGAAGGAGAGAGCACACAGGACGGGGUGGAGUGUACAAGCCAUGCUGGUGAAGUGGAAGCGGCUGGAGGCAGUGAAAUGGCAGAAGAAAGACUGUUUACUGUCCGCUGUGCACCAGGAGGAAACCUGGAACAUGUACACACGGCAGACGCAUCACACAGGAAGAGGAGGAAGUUCAAGUUUAAAAAAGGAGCAGUGGCUCCUCAAGAGCAGACGUGAUGAAACGGACAAAGACAGAGAAACUGAAAUCAGAAGGAAGACCGAGAGGUCGAAAACCCAGAUGCAUACAAACUGGAGAAAUAAGACGCCCAUACGUUUUCAUCUGUGGAAGAUCUCUCACUGCCAAUUUUCCCACUGUGAUUGUCACGUUCCAUAUCCUGUAUCAUCCGAGAUAUCCAUAGACUUCCACAUGUAUCAACUCCAAACACAAGGUAUCGUUUGGAAGGAGAACUUGCAGGAAACUCCACAACCACAACUGCAUGAAUGGCACGUUUGAUGCGAACUUGGGAUUUGUCUCUGCCAGUUUAUUUCGAGGAACACGGCAAAUGUGACCGAGAGAGCAUUUGAUUGGAUGCCAAUUGAAAAAGUUGUGUGUAAAUGUUUGCGUCAACCAAACUGAACUAAAAAUGUCCGCCGGA